ACUACUUGACCUUCCACGGUUUGAAGAAUCCAAGAUAUAAUAUUCGACGUACAACUCUUCCUAUUCCAAUCAACAUCAGAGCGAUAGACAAUUGGAGCAGAUUUCCGCCUUCCUUUACGGUGCUCACCAGAAAGGAGCCUUCACUUUCAUUCUGACCAAGUUCCUGGAGACGAUAUCAUCUCAUCCACAGUACAACCCAACACCGAGAAACAGUCUGAUAUCCCUAACGCCGCCUUUCCUUGCCAUCUAUCCUGCCUUCAUGGAGCCCGCGUCAAUCUAAGUUUCACUGUCUGAUCCAAGAGAUAUCCUGACCAUGUCGUUCUUUGGCUUCGACGCGACUCUUCCCCGCGAUCGUGGCCACAAUACUUCCGCCCCCGGCUUCUCCCAGGCGGCAGACCCUUUCACUGGCCUCUCACGCCAUGGUGAUGAUGAUGGCGAUGAUGCACUUGAUUUUGAAGAUACCUACGAUGGUCUAGGUGACCAGUUGGAUGAGACGGAUGAUGUGUUUAAUGAUGAUACCUUUGGGGGUGAUGAUUCCACGGCUGCCAACGGGAAGUCUGUAGGCAAGGACUUUGAUUUCUUCGGACAGACUGCCAAAGUUUCGGGUGCGAUCAGUGAAGAACAACUCCGCUUUUCUCGCCAGCAGCCAGCUUCCAAGGCUCCUCCGCCUACCUCCACCCUUUCCCAGCCUGCUUCAAAGCCUGCAAGGAGUGGAUAUGAGAAAUACAAGGAGCCGGAAUCUAUCCCUGAUAUGCGGGUUGAUCCCAACUUAUGGGGGGUUACGCCAAAGCAGCCUGCUCCCGCUCCCGCUCCAGCCGCUUCAAGCGCAUCUGGUACGCAAGCCGGUGGUCGAAAGAUGAUGAGUUUGGAGGAAGUUGAGGCUGCUAUGCGCGCCCAAGUAAAGAAGCCGGCUCAGGCUCAGCCACAGGUGCCGCCUCAGCAGCAGUACCAGGCCCCUCCACAACACCAAUAUCUUCACCCACCUCCCCAGCAAUACCAGCAGAAUUACUCUCAACAACCUCAUCAGCAAUUUCCAGUUCAGGCUAGUAGUCCAUCAAGAGAAGAGCCUCGGCCGGCGCAUGCGGGACAGCCAAAUCAACAACACGUUCAAAUUUUGCAGCGGUCACAGCCUGCCCCAAGUCAACCUACUCCGCCACCAGCUCCCUCCCAACCAACUCAUAUUUUGCAAAAUCCAAACCGCUAUGCAACCGAGCAGCAAAGACCCGCACCAGCGGUGCAACAUCCUGGCCAUCAGCAACGUCAUUCCGGCUCACGCCAUAUCAUCACUCAUCCGCACCAACUCGCCAAUCUUUCUGAAGAAGAGAGGGCUGCCUUCCUCAUGGAGGAUGCAAAGCGGGCUAAGCGAAACCAUAAGAUAUUUUUAUUGUCGAAGGAUAACGGGCUCAUGACACCCCAGGACAAGAAUUUCAUUACUCGCAUCCAGUUGCAGCAACUUGUGACUGCCACGGGGAACCCCAAUGAGCAUGGGACAGACUCAGCUUUGUCAGAAGAUUUCUACUAUCAGGUUCACAAUCAGAUCCGAGGGGGUCCUCGUCAACAUCCUGGCCAGCCUUUAAGCAACUUUGCACAGACCUAUUUAUUCCAGACAGGUGGUCGCCAUGGUGGUAUGCGUAGACAGGCUCGAGGAGGUGACAACCAUAUGCAGCGUAUGGAGCAACAGGUUCAACGUGCAGUCGAGGCCGCAAAGAACAAACCAAAGAAUAAGCAAUUGGUUAUUGAGGGCAGCCUGGGCAAGAUCUCCUUCAGCAACGCCAAGACUCCAAAGCCAUUGCUCAACAUUAAGCGUGGUGACAACGGAGCUGAUGCACACCGACCUAAUAAUGCGGCUCGCGACCGUAAAGCUCAUCAAGCAGCGGUUAGCGGUAGUGACAGGAAGACGGUCCUUACUGACAUCGAGAAUGUGUACAAUACACUGAUGCAGAUGGAAGACCACGACCGUCAACUUCCACCGCCUCCGCAUGAUGACAUUGACCCAGAGCUUGUUGGACGGCACAUGGACUGGCGAGAGAAAGCACAGAAGCUCAACCAACAGUUGUGGCGACAAUUGAAAGUUCACGAGCCCAUCGGCGCUACAGCAGUUCAUCCUUUCAUUGCUUUCCUCUCAUUUAGCAAAGGGAAGAAGGCAAUUCCUCGCGUCUUCCGUCACAUUACCCAAGAGCAGCGAACUACCAUCUUGACCAUGAUAGUAAUUCACCUUGAUCAGCUUGAUGUUGUGCGUCAAGCCCAACUUCAUUCUGGUGAAACUCUAUUGACGGCUGGUAUCCGCGAGAACGUGGAAUUGUUCUCAUUGGCGGUGAUGCCAAGUCUUUUCGCAUAUCUUAGUGAGGCUGAGUUGGAUAUCGUCAGUGGUGUUUUGGGUCUGAUCCUCAAUAUCAACAUUGAUGUCAUUUCUCGAACAAGAAUCGGUGUUAGCAUGUUGACCAUGAUUCUCAGCAGGGCUGAGCUCAUCAAGCAGGCCGGAAAUGCCAAAGAGCAGGAAUGGGAGCAAUGGGUCUCUACCUACAACCAGUUCUUCGAUGCUUUAGAGCCGAGUCUCCCCACUAUAUUCCCGGGCACGGUCAACACUGGCGAGGAUGUCUACGUCUGGCAAUUCCUUGCCGCGAUCGGUAUUGGCGCUAGCCCUGAUCAGCAACAAAGACUUGUUGUGGCUGUAAAGGACCGCGUCAUGGAGACCGUGGCUCUUGCGAAGACCCUUCCCCCGGAAAUGUCUAGUCAGCGAUUGGCAAAUGUCAACCUCUUCAUGCGUUCUAUCGGAUUGGAUGUCGAAUUGCUUGCAUGAACGAUCGAUAUGAUCUCAUUACAACACUCAACCCAGCAUUGAAACAUUUUUCUUUCAGCACGAUCUCUGAGGGAUCAGGGAGGCAUAGAUGCGGCAUGUGGUUGAUCGGAUUACGAUUCCAUCCUUCUUUCUUCGCCUCGGAAUAAGCACAGCACUGUUUCUUCUGCGUAGCGACCACUCACUGUCAUGUCAAAUCAAAGGAAGCGGUUGGUUUUCUGGAAUUUUUCCAAAAUAGCACGGGAUGACGAAUCGAUGGGAAUAGAAGUAUCUUAUUCUUUUUUUAAAAAAAGGGCUCCUCUCGCUUUUUCCCUUGGCCAUACCCAGUGAGAUUGUGUUGUUGUCGUCUUAGCGCUCCAGGUAGAUCGGGAGCAUCUAUCUACCUAGGGUUUCUCACGAGGAGAGAUUAUCUAGAUACCGAAAUGAAACGAAAC